AUGUUAAAUCUCUCUUUCUUUCUUUCUUUCUUUCUUUCUUUCUUUCUUUCUUUCUUUCUUUCUCUCUCUCUCUUUCUUUCACCGUUUCUUUCUCUCUCUUUCUCUCUCUCUCUGUCUCUUGCAGAUGAUAAAUCUCUCUUUUUUUCUCUUUCUCUCUCUCUCUUUCUCUCCCCCUUUUAUCUCUUUCUUUUUCUUUCUUUCUCUCUCUCUCUCUCUCUCUCUCUCUUGGUAUUUUUUAAUUUCUUUUCUCGUUCAUUUUUUCAAUACUUUUCAUUUCUUUCUUCGUUCAUUUUAUUCAAAAUAGUUCAUUUAUUUCUUUGUUCAUUUUUUUCAAUAUUUUCAAUUUCUUUCUUCUUUCAUUUUAUUCAGUAUUCUUUUUUAUCUUUCCUCGUUCAUUUUAUUCAAUAUUUCCAAUUUCUUGUUUUUUCAUUUUAUUCAAUAUUUGUUUUUUUUUCACUCGUUUAUUUUUUCAAUAUUUUUCAUUUCUUUCUUCGUUAA